CCACCACCAGGACGGGAUAAAAAAAAAAAGACCCACAGCGAGCAACAUCACCUGCGGAGACAGACGCUGGAUUCCCCCCCCACCCCCAAACCCCCGGGGCUUUGGAAAAACACACACAUCCUCCACGUUGCUGUGUCUGUUUUUGUUUUGUUUAUUUUUUUUUGGUCAAGAAGGAAACCCUCAAGUGUCUCUCGGUUGUGUAUUGUGAGUCAGAAAAAAAAAAAGAGGGCGCCCAAAUCUGUCCCUCUUUUAGGACGGGACCUUUUUGAAGCUCAGAGCACCAACAAUGGACUGCGUUUCCACCGGGAACUCACUCCUGGAGCCGUGCGGCACUCACACAUGGGACCGUAGCGUUUCAAACCCAGACGACAUCUGUCUGUGUAGUUGUUGAACAGUGUUUACCGUGGUGGUGGGGGUCGGGGGUCGUCGGUUGGUGCCCGCCAUGCCUGCGAGGAACAGGUACAACCUGGUGGACGAUCUGGCGGACUCGAGGGUGCCGCUCCAUAACGAAGAGGCGUACCAGCAUGGGAUUCAUUUCCAAGCCAAGUAUGUGGGGAGUCUUGACGUGCCCAGGCCCAACAGUCGGAUGGAGAUUGUGGCAGCCAUGAGGAGAAUCAGGUAUGAAUUCAAGGCCAAGAACAUCAAGAAGAAGAAGGUCAGCAUUGUGGUGUCUGUGGACGGGGUCAAGGUGAUGCUGAGGAAGAAACAGAAGAGAAAAGAAUGGUCAUGGGACGAGAGCAAGAUGAUGAUUAUGCAAGAUCCCAUUUACAGGAUUUUCUACGUGUCUCAUGACUCCCAGGACUUAAAGAUCUUCAGUUACAUUGCCAGAGAUGGUUCCAGUAAUUCCUUCAGAUGUAAUGUCUUCAAGUCAAAGAAGAAGACUCAGGCCAUGCGUAUUGUGCGGACAGUAGGUCAGGCCUUUGAAGUGUGCCAUAAGCUCAGUCUUCAGCAUGCUGAGCAGGAUGCAGACGGACAGGCCGAUGGAGAGAGUGACAAGUCCACAGAGGAGCCCAGCAGUCAAGGUCGUAAACUGACGGGAGCAGAGCAAGGGGAGGACGAGGAGGAGGACAGCAAACAUGGGGGAAAGCAAGGAGGAGAAAGUCCUUCGGCUGGAGCUUCGCUGUGUGAAAAGGCAGUCAGUGAAAUUCUGCAGAGUCUGGCUGAACUGAACGUGGUGAAACCUGGACAGACCAUUAUAUACCUGACCAGAUCAUUGAUCUGCAGCUCUCCAAGUUGGCAGCAGAUACCAAAGGACUUUGAUCGAAGGUCCCUCUUCACUGUGACAUCCCAAGGCGUUACUCCCAGCAGCCCUCGCGCUCAGUCUCUCACUCCGCUGGCAUCUCAGCACUACCUGCAGCUUCUUCAGCAGCAGCUACAGCAGCAACAGCAGCACACACAGGUGGCUGUUGCGCAGGUGCAGUUAUUGAAGGAUCAGAUGGCAGCAGAGACUGCUGCUCGUAUGGAGGCUCAGGCCCGUGUCCACCAGCUGCUGCUGCAGAACAGGGACUUGCUGCAGCACCUGGCCCUGCUCGUGCAGCAGCUGAAAGAGUUGGAGGCCCGCUCCCCAAAAACAACACAACCAGGGCAGCCACAACAGGAGCCUCAGGCUAAUGGGCACAACGGUCAACAGUCACCUUGCAGCUCAGUUUCUACAUCAGUAAAGUCUCUGUCUCUGAAUCUGAAGAAUCACUACAGCCAGGCCCUGGACCAGCUCAUCACCUCCACGCCCGCAUGGCCCCUCCAAACCUCACCCCUCUCCCCCACCCAAGUGGACUGCGCCGAGUCCUACCUGAACCUGCUCAACCUGGAGAACAGCACCAAACCAGACGCAUCGGUCAACGGAGACCUGGACCCCUUCAUCGAGACCAAUGGGAGAGCGGACGACAAGGAGGGCUCGUGCAAUGAGAUCGUCCCGUUUACGCUGAGGAACUCAGUCAACAUGGAUGAAAAGUUUAAACAGAUGAUCCCUAAACUUGACCCCCCUCCACCCUCCCUGAACCGCAAGCGGGCCAGCAGGACCUUGUCUCCGGGGGCAGACGUCACAGCUGCGUCCACACCAGGCGAGGUCACCGCUAAUGAUGUGGCCCCCAGCCGCAGCAGCAGCCUCUCAUUCCCAGACAUCACCCCCAGCUCGUUGUCGUCCGCUGAUUUCCACUCGCUUAGCAACGGCGGCGAGAGCAGCUCCUGCUCGGCCAGCGAGGACUCGGGCGUUCGCUCUGAGACCAAGUCCCUGCUGUCGCCGCUGCGCGACGACGACGACCUGUUCGGGGACCGCGGGACGUUUCUGACGGCCUCCAGCGGCUGUAACAGUCCCUUGGAGGAGAGAUGCGAAGCGGUUCUCUCUUCCUCCGAGUCAUAUCCUGCUGACCCCCCCACCCUCGUCACACAUUCGGACACCUAUGAGCACCCACUGCCCUUCACGUCUCCUAUGAAUGAUACCUGCCUUCACAUCAGUUUCUCUGAGGAUGAGCUGCUGGAGAGCAACCAGGAAGACCCAAAUGUCCCACAGCGGAGUUAGGAGGGCGAGCUGAUGGGCCCCUGGAGACCCUUUUCACCGUGUCCAUCAAUCAGCUUUUAAUGCAAUACUUACUGUCAGACUCUCCUAUGUUUGCACUGGGCUCCAUUUCAGGACCUUUAAUUAUUCCGUCCACUUGUGACACAGUACAGACAUAGCAUAUAGCAGAAAAAUAAUCUUAUCGUAUAAAUUAUUAGCCAAUGGACAGAUUUAGUAUUUUUGUAAUGAAUUAAUGAUCUAAUUUACUUUUUAGUGACUAGAAUGUUAAGCAGAAUACAUGUAGCAAUUCUUGCACUGUUAAGGUCACACGUAAUUUACUGUAGAAUUCAAAUGAGGGAACACAUUUUAUUUUUGCUAGUAGUCUACAUUUAAACUUUUGUUUUCUAUGAUGCUUCGCUGUGGUGCAAACUAUUGUGGGAAAUAUGAUUUUCUGGAGAUUUGAUACACAGUGAUCAUGCAAAUGUUUGGUGAUGUUGGGAAGAGCCUCGCCGUCUGUACUGCACCUGACUGGAUUAAGGGUGGAAAGAAAAGAACAAGAAAGUCAGUUAAAGGAAAAAUGGAGGAUAGAAAUGAGCAGAUCUAGUUUAUUUGUUUUGUUUAUGCACAUCCAUUUGUGACUGUGCACAAAUGGAUUUUUUUAUUACCAGGGUUGAGUGGAUUUUAGAAUGUUUUGUGCUACGUGUAUUUUGAGGUUUUCACACUUGUGAGCCCCUAAGGCAGUGCUGUAAAAAUGAGGGGAAUAGCCAAACUUGUGUAUUGCAUUUAUUCUGUCGAUAGCACAGUUGUAAGCCUUCAAAACAAAGGAAUUUCCAUUUUUUUUCUCCAAUUUAAAAUAUUUUAGUUUUGAGAAAUGGCACAGAAAGAAAGCAAACCCUCAAAAAGUCGACACAAUGAGCCAUAAAAGCUUUGCACCUGUCUGAGUGGGAGUCUGUUAUAAAAUGAACCCUCAGACUCAAUAGGAAGAUAAUUGUGUAAUCAUGGAGAAAGACAGCUUUGCGGAUGGAUUUUCUCUGUUCUGUCUCUCACUUUGUGAAAUCCUGAAUAACCAGCAAGUCAGUUUCAUUUAGAGCUUUCAGGAGAAAUUACCCUGACAUUGUAUAUUUAUUGUUUUUAGUGAGUGCAGUUUAAUCCGACCGUUGGGAACAUUGUUUUAGCUUGAUUGGUGUAUUUCAGUAUAGAGCUACAACAAUUAGUCGAUCAACAGAAAAUGUUGAUAAUCUAUUAAUAGUUUUGAAUCAUUUUUUGGUGUUAAUAUUUAAUGUGAAGUGAAUAUCUUUGGGUUUUCGGACUGACAUCUCUGACAUUUUAUAGAUUAAACGAUAAAUCGACAGAGAAAAUGAUCAGCAGAUGAAUUGACAAUGAAAAUAAUCAUUUGUUACUGCCCUAUAGCUAAACAUGCAGCUAUUCAAAUGUUCUUUUUAAAAUUUGUUUACAUGCAAGUGGUAAGGUAUUACUGCACUGUUAAUAGUUUUGUAUUUAAUUAAGCGCACUGGUGUAAUCUCUGACAGGUAGAAGCGUCAAUAAAUGGAUGAACUAGGAAAAAGGAGCAGAGCUGUGACAAGAGGUGGUGGUGUCAAGGUGCAGGUGUAAAAUGCCCACAGGCAAAGCUUUUAACACCCAGAAACGAGGCUUUUCUCAACAUCACAUGUGGCAGGGAGCUUUAACAGCAAUAACAGCGUGGAAGAAAAAAAUAAUAAAGAGGAAUAGUUGACAAACUUCAA